CGGGACCUGGGAAGCUGGAGUGGAGCGACUCGGUUCUCCCAGCCCGUGUGCGGCGGGCGGCGGAGCGGGACGGCCAGGGGGCUCAGCCUCCGCUGCAGCGUCAGCUCGGCCCACCCCGUGCAACUUUCCAUCCUGGCCCAGCCGCACCUACAGAAUACGGAGUUCCUGGCACUUUCCGGAGGGGUCUCUUGUUCCCUGCCGGGGGACUGAUUGACUGCGCUCUCUCAGGCUGACCUGUCCGAGCUCUAACACCCGGACCAUGCACGCGGCCAGGACCCCCGGGAUCGCCUCCCGCGGCGGCGGGGUGGCCAACCCCAGCAGUUUUCCGCCGAUACCCACGCUGCCGCCCCGCCUGGUGUUGCUGCUGCUGCUUCUCCUGUCACCGGUAAGCUGCGUCCCGGCACAGCCCGCUGCCCCCGGCCGGGCGUUGCUGUCCCCGGAUCUCGCGGGGGCUGCAGGGGUCCCCGCCGAGGAGGCCAUAGUGCUGGCGAACCGUGGGCUCCGGGUGCCCUUCGGCCGCGAGGUCUGGCUGGAUCCGCUGCAUGACCUGGUGCUGCAGGUGCAACCAGGGGACCGCUGCGCGGUGACCGUGCUCGAUAACGACGCGCUGGCCCAGAGGCCUGGCCGCCUGAGUCCCAAGCGCUUCCCCUGCGACUUCGGCCCGGGAGAGGUGCGCUACUCGCACCUGGGCGCGCGGAGCCCCUCGCGGGAUCGCAUUCGGCUGCAGCUGCGCUACGACGCGCCGGGAGGGGCAGCAGUGCUACCCUUAGUGCUGGAGGUGGAGGUGGUCUUCACCCAGCUGGAGAUUGUGACUCGGAACUUGCCCCUAGUCGUGGAGGAGCUGCUGGGGACCAGCAAUGCCCUGGACGCGCGGAGCCUGGAGUUCGCCUACCAGCCCGAGACCGAGGAGUGUCGCGUGGGCAUCCUGUCCGGCUUGAGCGCGCUGCCUCGCUACGGGGAACUCCUUCACUACCCGCAGGUUCCAGGUGCAGCCAGCGAGGGGGGCGCCCAGGAGCCUCUCCUGAUGGACUGCAAAGCUUUCCAAGAGCUAGGCGUGCGCUACCGCCACAGGGCCCCCAGUCGGUCACCAAACAGGGACUGGGUGCCCAUGGUGGUGGAGCUGCGCUCUCGAGGUUCGCCUGUGGGCAGUCCGGCUCGGAAACGUGAGCACUUCCAGGUGCUGGUGAGAAUCCGAGGAGGCGCUGAGAACACUGCACCCAAGCCCAGUUUUGUGGCCAUGAUGAUGAUGGAGGUGGAUCAGUUUGUCCUCACAGCCCUGACCCCAGACAUGCUGGCCGCGGAGGAUGCUGAGUCCCCCCCUGACCUGUUGAUCUUCAACCUCACCUCUCCCUUCCAGCCUGGCCAGGGCUACCUAGUAAGUACUGAUGAUCGCAGCCUGCCCCUCUCCUCCUUCACUCAGAGGGAUCUGUGGCUCUUGAAGAUUGCCUACCAGCCCCCCUCUGAGGACUCUGACCAGGAGCGUCUCUUUGAACUGGAGUUGGAGGUAGUGGACCCGGAAGGAGCUGCCUCAGACCCUUUUGCUUUUAUGGUGGUGGUGAAGCCCAUGAACACACUGGCUCCAGUGGUCACCCGGAACACUGGUCUCAUUCUCUAUGAGGGCCAGUCUCGGCCCCUUACAGGCCCUGCAGGCAGUGGACCACAAAACCUGGUCAUCAGCGAUGAGGAUGAUCUGGAGACAGUACAGCUGGAGGUGGUGGCUGGGCUCCGGCAUGGUCACCUUGUUCUUCUGGGUGCCACCGAUGGCAGUGCUGCCCCUAAGACCUUUACGGUGGCUGAUCUAGAGGCCGGCCAGGUGGUCUACCAUCACGAUGACAGAGAUGGCUCGCUGAGUGACAACCUUGUCCUUCGAAUGGUGGACGGAGGACGCAGGCACCAGGUGCAGUUCCUGUUCCCCAUCACCUUAGUACCUGUGGAUGACCAGCCACCAGUCCUCAAUGCUAACACGGGGCUGACACUGGCAGAAGGUGAAACAGUGGCCAUCCUGCCGCUUGCUCUAAGUGCAACUGACAUGGACUCAGAUGACUCUCUGCUGCUUUUUGUGCUGGAGUCGCCCUCCUCAACCGUAGGGCAUCUGCUUCUCCGCCAAACUCAUCCUCCCCAUGAAGAGGAAGAGCUUAGCAGGGGCCCUUGGAGGAGGCAGGGAACAUUCUAUGAGCAAACAGUGACAGAGUGGCGACAGCGGGACAUAACCGAGGGAAGGCUGUUCUACAGGCACUCCGGGCCCCAUAGCCCCGGGCCGGUGAUGGACCAGUUCACGUUUCGAGUCCAGGAUAACCAUGACCCCCCUAAUCAGUCGGGACCACACAGGUUUGUGAUACGCAUUCAUCCUGUGGAUCGCCUCCCUCCAGAGCUGGGCAGCGGCUGUCCCCUUCGGAUGGUGGUGCAGGAGUCCCAGCUCACCCCACUGAGGAAGAAGUGGCUGCACUACACUGACCUGGACACAGAUGACCGAGAACUGCGGUACACAGUGACCCAGCCCCCCAUGGACACAGAUGAAAACCACUCGCCAGCCCCACUGGGCACCUUGGUCCUGACCGACAGCCCCUCAGUCGUGGUGGCCCAUUUUACCCAAGCCCAGAUCAACCACCAUAAAAUAGCUUACAGACCUCCAGAGCAAGAACUGGGAGUGGCUGCCCGAGUGGCCCAGUUCCAGUUCCAGGUGGAGGAUCAAGCUGGGAAUGUGGCUCCGGGUACCUUCACCCUUUACUUGCAGCCCGUGGACAACCAACCACCCGAGAUCCUCAACACGGGUUUCAGCAUUCAGGAGAAGGGCCACCACAUCCUGAGUGAGACGGAGUUGCGUGUGAAUGAUGUAGACACUGACGUCACGCACAUCUCUUUCACUCUCACGCAGGCGCCCAAACAUGGCCACAUGAGAGUGUCUGGACAGAUACUGCACGUAGGGGAGGUCUUCCACUUGGAAGACAUAAAGCAGGGUCGGAUUUCCUAUGCGCAUAACGGGGAUGCGUCUCUCACUGAUAGCUGCUCCUUGGAGGUCAGCGACAGACACCACGUGGUGCCCAUCACUCUCAGAGUGAAUGUCCGGCCAGCGGAUGAUGUGCCCAUGCUGAGCCUUCCCGCUGGCACUCUGGGGUCAUAUCUAGAUGUUCUAGAAAAUGGAGCUACCGAAAUCACUGCCAGUGUUAUCAAGGGGACUUAUGAAGACACCGAUGAUUUGAUGUUGACUUUCAUCUUGGAAGAUCCCCCCUUAUACGGAGAAAUCCUGGUCAACGGAGUUCCAGCAGAGCAGUUUACCCAAAGGGACAUCUUAGAGGGCUCUGUCGUCUAUGCCCACACUAGUGGUGAGAUUGGCCUGUUGCCUAGAGGGGACUCUUUUAACCUGAGUCUGUCAGAUAUGUCUCAAGAAUGGGUAAUAGGUGGCAAUACUAUCCAAGGAGUUACUGUAUGGGUGACCAUUCUCCCUGUUGAUAAUCAGGCACCAGAAAUUUCUGUGGGUGAACAGUUUAUGGUCAUGGAAGGUGAUAAAAGUGUUAUAACCGCAACACAUAUGAGUGCCGAAGAUAUCGAUUCACUAACUGAUGACAUCUUGUGCACCAUAGUUAUUCAGCCUACCUCCGGUUAUGUUGAAAACAUUUCUCCGGCUCCAGGCUCUGAGAAAUCAAGAGCAGGAAUUGCCAUAAGUGCCUUUACCCUGAAAGACCUCAGGCUGAGUCAUAUUAACUAUGUCCAGAGUGUCCAUAAAGGGGUCGAACCUGUGGAAGACCGAUUUAUAUUUCGUUGCUCUGAUGGCAUUAACUUCUCAGAGAGACAUUUUUUCCCCAUUGUCAUCAUUCCCACCAAUGAUGAACAGCCAGAAAUAUUUAUGAGAGAAUUUAUGGUGAUGGAAGGCAUGAGUCUGGUGAUCGAUACGCCCAUCCUCAAUGCCGCUGAUGCUGACAUUCCCCCGGAUGAUCUAACUUUCACCAUUACCCAGUUCCCUACUCGCGGUCACAUCAUGAACCAGCUGAUAAAUGGCACAGUUUUGGUUGAAAGCUUCACCUUGGACCAGAUCAUAGAGAGUUCAAGCAUUAUUUAUGAGCAUGAUGACUCUGAGACCCAGGAAGACAGUUUUGUGAUUAGACUAACAGAUGGUAAACACUCAGUGGAAAGAAUGGUCCUUAUUAUCGUUAUCCCUGUUGAUGAUGAGACCCCCAGAAUGAUGAUCAAUAAUGGCCUAGAAAUAGAAAUUGGGGAAACCAAAAUUAUCAACAACAAAAUAUUAAUGGCAACUGAUUUAGACUCUGAAGACAAAUCUUUGGUUUAUAUUAUUCGUUAUGGGCCAGGACAUGGCUUAUUGCAGAGACGAAAACCUACAGGUGCCUUGGAGAAUAUCACACUGGGCAUGAAUUUUACCCAGGAUGAAGUGGAUAGAAACUUAAUUCAGUAUGUCCAUUUUGGACAAGAGGGCAUUCGGGACCUAAUUAAAUUUGAUGUGACUGAUGGAAUAAAUGCCCUCAUCGAUCGCUACUUUUAUGUGUCCAUUGGGAGCAUUGACAUCGUCUUCCCGGAUGUGAUAAGCAAGGGAGUAUCCUUGAAAGAAGGUGGCAAAGUCACCCUCACAACAGACUUGCUAAGCACCAGUGACUUGAACAGUCCUGAUGAAAACUUAGUUUUUACCAUCACCAGGGCUCCCAUGAGAGGGCACUUAGAGUGCACAGAUCAACUUGGAACGUCCAUCACGUCUUUCACUCAGCUCCAGCUGGCUGGCAACAAAAUCUACUACAUCCACACAGCUGACGAUGAGGUCAAGAUGGACAGUUUUGAGUUUCAAGUCACCGAUGGACGUAACCCCGUCUUCCGGACAUUCCGUAUCUCCAUUAGUGAUGUGGAUAACAAAAAGCCAGUGGUCACCAUCCAUAACCUGGUUGUCAGUGAGGGUGAAAACAAGUUGAUCACUCCCUUUGAACUCACUGUGGAAGACAGAGACACUCCUGACAAACUCCUGAAGUUCAUUGUCACCCAGGUGCCUGUUCAUGGUCAACUCCUAUUCAACAACACCAGACCUGCCAUGGUUUUUACCAAGCAAGACUUGAAUGAAAACUUAAUCAGCUACAGACAUGAUGGCACUGAGUCGAGCGAAGACAGCUUCUCCUUCACGGUGACUGAUGGUUUCCAUACAGAGUUCUAUGUUUUCCCUGAUACAAUAUUUGAAACCAGGAGACCCCAGGUGAUGAAAAUCCAGGUCUUAGCCGUGGAUGAUAGUGUCCCCCAAAUUGCUGUGAACAAAGGGGCCUCCACGCUUCGCACUCUGGCUACCGGUCACUUGGGGUUCAUGAUCACAAGCAAAAUAUUGAAAGCGGAGGACAGAGACAGCUUACGUUUUUCUCUCAGGUUUAUUGUAACAGAGGCCCCUCAACAUGGAUAUCUCCUCAACCUGGACAGAGGCAACCACAGUGUGACUCAGUUUACACAAGCUGACAUUGAUGACAUGAAAAUAUGCUACGUUUUAAAAGACGGGGCCAAUGCCACAAGUGAUGUGUUCCAUUUUACAGUUGAAGAUGGUGGUGGGAACAAAUUAACCAAGCAGCAUUUUCGUCUGAAUUGGGCAUGGAUCUCCUUUGAAAAGGAAUAUUACCUCAUCAAUGAAGACUCCAAAUUUCUAGAUGUCAUUCUUAAACGUAGAGGUUACUUGGGAGAGACUUCAUUUAUAAGUAUUGGCACAAGAGAUGGGACUGCAGAAAAAGACAAAGACUUCAAGGGCAAAGCACAGAAACAAGUGCAGUUCAACCCAGGCCAGACCAGGGCCACCUGGAGAGUGCGGAUCAUGAGCGAUGGGGAGCAUGAGCAGUCGGAGACCUUCCAGGUGGUUCUCUCAGAGCCUGUGCUGGCUGCUCUGGAAUUCCCUGCAGUGACCACGGUGGAGAUUGUUGACCCAGGAGAUGAGUCCACUGUAUUUAUUCCCCAGUCUGAAUACUCCAUUGAAGAAGAUGUCGGUGAGCUGUUCAUUCCCAUCAGGAGAAGUGGAGACGUGAGCCAGGAGUUGAUGGUGGUCUGUUACACACAACAAGGCACGGCAGGCGGAACUGUGCCCACAUCAGUGCUGUCCUAUUCAGAUUACAUAUCCAGGCCCGAGGACCACACCAGCGUCAUCCGUUUUGACAAAGAUGAGCGUGAGAAAAUGUGUCGCAUCAUUGUUAUUGACGACUCCUUGUAUGAAGAGGAGGAAACAUUCCAUGUUCUUCUGAGCAUGCCCAUGGGUGGGCGGAUUGGAUCGGAGUUCCCAGGGGCUCAGGUUAAGAUCGUCCCUGACAAAGACGAUGAGUCCACUGUAUUUAUUCCCCAGUCUGAAUACUCCAUUGAAGAAGAUGUCGGUGAGCUGUUCAUUCCCAUCAGGAGAAGUGGAGACGUGAGCCAGGAGUUGAUGGUGGUCUGUUACACACAACAAGGCACGGCAGGCGGAACUGUGCCCACAUCAGUGCUGUCCUAUUCAGAUUACAUAUCCAGGCCCGAGGACCACACCAGCGUCAUCCGUUUUGACAAAGAUGAGCGUGAGAAAAUGUGUCGCAUCAUUGUUAUUGACGACUCCUUGUAUGAAGAGGAGGAAACAUUCCAUGUUCUUCUGAGCAUGCCCAUGGGUGGGCGGAUUGGAUCGGAGUUCCCAGGGGCUCAGGUUAAGAUCGUCCCUGACAAAGACGAUGAACCUGUCUUCUACUUCGGCGAGGUCGAGUACCCUGUGGACGAGAGCGCCGGCUACGUGGAGGUGCGGGUGUGGAGAACAGGCACCGACCUGUCCAGGUCCUCCAGUGUCACCGUGAGAUCGAGGAAAACGGAUCCUCCCUCUGCUGACGCUGGAACGGACUAUGUGGGAAUCAGUCGGAAUUUAGAUUUUGCUCCUGGAGUCAACAUGCAGACUGUUCGUGUUAUCGUCCUGGAUGACCUUGGGCAACCGAUGCUGGAGGGAAUUGAGAAAUUUGAACUGGUGCUUCGUAUGCCUAUGAAUGCUGCCCUCGGCGAGCCCAGCAAAGCCACAGUGUCCAUAAAUGAUUCUGUCUCCGAUUUGCCUAAGAUGCAGUUCAAAGAGCGCAUAUAUACUGGCAAUGAAGACGACAAGCAGAUAGUUGCAAUGAUCCACAGGACUGGAGACGUUCACUACAGGUCUUCAGUGAGAUGCUACACACGGCAGGGGUCUGCGCAGGUGAUGACAGACUUCGAGGAACGUCCAAACACUGAUAGCUCCGUCAUCACAUUUCUCCCUGGUGAGACAGAAAAGCCUUGUGUCCUUGAGCUGAUGGACGACAAACUCUAUGAGGAGGUAGAGGAACUCCGCCUGGUUCUUGGCACCCCACAAAGCAACUCCCCCUUUGGGGCUGCAGUUGGAGAACAGAAUGAAACUCUGAUAAGGAUCCAAGAUGACGCUGAUAAGACUGUUAUUAAAUUUGGAGAAACCAAAUUUAACAUCCGUGAACCCAAAGAACCGGGACAGUCCGUGGUUGUAAAAAUACCAGUGAUUCGCCAAGGAGAUACUUCAAAAGUUUCCAUCGUGCGAGUCCACACCAAGGAUGGCUCUGCCACCUCUGGAGAAGACUAUCACCCUGUGUCAGAAGAAAUUGAGUUUAAGGAGGGAGAAACCCAGCAUAUUGUUAACAUUGAAGUAAUCUUCGACGGAAUUAGAGAAAUGAGAGAGGCCUUCACUGUUCACCUAAAACCUGAUGAGAACAUGGUAGCAGAGACACAGGUGACCAAAGCCAUUGUGUAUAUAGAAGAAAUGAACAGCAUGGCAGAUGUCACUUUUCCUUCUGUCCCUCAAAUUGUGUCAUUACUGAUGUAUGAUGACACUUCCAGAGCUAAAGAUAGUGCGGGUCCCGUGUCUGGCUAUCCUGUCGUCUGUAUCACAGCUUGCAACCCUAAAUACCCAGACUAUGACAAAACAGGCUCUAUCUGUGCAAGUGAGAACAUCAAUGACACCUUGACCCGGUACCGGUGGCUAAUUAGCGCACCCGCUGGCCCUGAUGGCGUCACCAGCCCCAUGAGAGAAGUGGACUUUGACACCUUUUUUACAUCAUCCAAGAUGAUCACCUUAGAUUCCAUAUACUUCCAGCCUGGCUCCAGGGUGCAGUGUGCGGCACGCGCUGUGAACGCCAAUGGCAAUGAGGGCCUGGAGCUGAUGAGCCCUAUCGUCACCAUCGGCAGAGAAGAAGGUCUGUGUCAGCCCCGGGUGCCGGGGACAGUGGGAGCAGAACCGUUCUCAGCUAAGCUGCGCUACACGGGCCCCGAGGACCCAGACUACACAAACCUUAUCAAGCUCACGGUCACGAUGCCCCACAUAGAUGGCAUGCUCCCUGUGAUUUCCACUAAAGAGCUUUCCAACUUUGAGCUCACCCUCAGUCCUGAUGGCUCAAGAGUUGGAAACCACCAGUGCUCCAACCUUCUGGAUUACACUGAAGUGAAGACUCACCAUGGUUUCUUAACUGAUGCUACAAAAAAUCCAGAAGUAAUUGGAGAGACGCAUCCCUACCAGUACAGUUCAUCUAUCAGAGGCUCCAGUACCUUACGCUUCUAUAGAAACCUGAACCUGGAGGCCUGUUUGUGGGAGUUUGUUAGCUACUAUGACAUGUCAGAACUUCUCACUGACUGUGGAGGCACCAUCGGGACAGAUGGACAGGUCUUAAAUCUAGUGCAGUCCUAUGUGACCCUUCGAGUGCCUCUGUAUGUUUCCUACGUGUUCCAUUCCCCGGUUGGGGUGGGAGGCUGGCAACAUUUUGACUUGAAGUCGGAGCUCCGCCUGACUUUUGUGUAUGAUACUGCCAUCUUGUGGAAUGAUGGAAUCGGCAGCCCACCAGAAGCCGAACUCCAAGGUUCUCUCUACCCAACGAGCAUGCGCAUCGGGGAAGAGGGGCGCUUGGUGGUGAACUUCAAGACGGAGGCUCAGUUCCAUGGCUUGUUCGUGCUGUCCCACCCCGCGUCCUUCACGAGCUCAAUGAUCAUGUCCGCUGAUCAUCCAGGCCUGACCUUCUCCCUGCGCCUCAUAAGGAGUGAACCGACCUAUAACCAGCCAGUGCAGCAAUGGAGCUUUGUGUCUGACUUUGCAGUACGUGACUAUUCAGGGACUUACACAGUGAAACUGCUGCCUUGCACCACUCCAUCGAAUCAAGAGUACCGCCUGCCAGUCACCUGCAACCCCCGAGAGCCUGUCACCUUUGACCUCGACAUACGGUUCCAACAGGUCAGCGACCCGGUGGCAGCUGAGUUCAGCCUGAACACCCAGAUGUACCUCCUCUCCAGGAAGAGUCUCUGGUUGUCGGACGGCUCCGCGGGAUUUGGGCAAGAGAGCGACGUCACCUUUGCAGAAGGUGACAUCAUUUAUGGGCGUGUCAUGGUAGAUCCCGUCCAGAAUCUGGGGGACUCCUUUUACUGCAGCAUUGAGAAGGUGUUCCUGUGCACUGGAGCUGACGGCUAUGUUCCCAAAUACAGUCCCACGAAUGCAGAAUACGGCUGCUUAGCUGACUCUCCUUCACUCUUAUAUAGAUUUAAAAUUGUGGACAAAGCUCAGCCAGAAACACAAGCCACCAGUUUUGGAAAUGUCCUGUUUAAUGCCCAGCUGGCAGCGGAUGACCCCGAAGCUAUUCUCUUAGUGAAUCAGCCUGGAUCCGAUGGGUUUAAAGUCGACUCAACGCCACUCUUUCAGGUUGCCCUGGGCCGGGAAUGGUACAUACACACGAUCUACACAGUAAGAUCAAAAGACAACGCCAAUCGAGGCAUCGGCAAAAGAAGCACCGAGUACCAGCACCACUCUUUAGUGAGUGCAGGGAAGCCGCAGGCGGUGAACCAGGCCCGGAAGAGGAGGGAGGUCAGGAGCCCGCCCCCUCUGGCGUGGGAAAUUGGGGCUGACAACAACCGGGGAACAAAUAUCCAGCACAUUGCCCUGGACCGCACCCACAGGAAGCAGGUCCCCCAGGGGCGAGUUCCUCCCGACGGCGUCCUGCCCCGCGAGCUCAACCGGCCCAGCUCCGAAGUCAGCCUGGUCACCGUGGUUGGAGGCGUCGCGGUGGCCUUACUCACCGUCUGCCUUGCCGCCAUCACAGCGAUGCUGUGCAGGAGCCAGAAGGGCACCAGGAGGAAGGGCGCUCUGAAGGGCUCCGGCAGCAGCAAGCCCAUGAUGCCCCCGCAGAGCCAUCACAGCGACAGCUCAGAGGUUUGAGGAGCACAGGUGGAAUUGAGCCUUUGCCUCCAAGGGCCUCAGAAAGACGGUAGGAACCCAAAUGCUUCUGUCAGUGGCGGAGAAUUGGGGACUUCGGUUACGAAGCUGCUCAGAGGACCUGACUGUACUGAUGAACUUGGAUUUGAAUUCUGUCUACUCUUUCAUGCAUCAGAGAACAAUUUCAGACCACAGGCCACGUCUUUCCUCUGGCCCGGGAGGUACAACCAUGUAUUCACGUGUACACACAGCCAUCCAUGGACGGCCAGGAAUGGACUUCUCAUUUUAGGCAUUUUCUCUACACACUGGAGACAAAUCUAUUCAAAGGUGCUGCAGACUCUCUCAGAAGUUUAAGAGGAGUUUAUUGUUGCUGUAUGAGUAUGAAUCUGGAAGGUGCAAUUAUCACAUUGCUUAUUCAUUGUAUAACAGUUUGUUACUAGAAAGGUUUUAAUGUGUAGUGUGCAAGAAUGAUAAACACACUGUUGAUUAUGACAAGUUUUCUCAUAGGUGAAGACAGCAUGGAAUUGCGACCAGGGGUGGCUCAACCCAUAAUUCACCUUUUCUACUGCACGGGAGGGAAUGGAAGGAAAGGUAGAGGGAAGGAACUCACUAGGUUGGAUUUGAGUUGUUUCUCAUCCUCGUCAGAGCCUCCUUGUUUUAUUUGCUUAUUUAACUUUAAAUUAAACCAAAGAAUAUGUUAAGUCUAGAAGAGCUUGUCGAAGAAAGACUUUCCUGUUAUAUAGUGAGAAGUAGUCAAGUUCUCGCAUAAUAAUAUACCUUAUUGGUGCUCAACAUUUGUGGGAAAUGAGAGGGUUGGUGGAGUUUUGAUGGUGAAGAAGAAAUGCUAUACAGUUAGAUUCACAUUUAUAAGACAAUGUUCUCUAAGAACUGAGCCUAGAUAUUUGCAGUAUUGAACCCAUAAAUGAUAAUGAAAAAUAUCAUUACAGGUGGUGGAGGGAGAAAGUGGUAUUUAUUAAUAUAAUGUGUUUAACCAAAGUGCCUCUUCUACAUACUUUAUGGAAUUAAAGAACAUUCUGACGGAUGAUACAUGAGGUUAACCCUCAGAGUAGCAUAAUCACACAACAAUGUCCAGAAUUUAAAUUGGCCGUAGGACAUUUUAUGAACUUUCUAGUCGGCAUCUGGUCUAAAAAUGGGAAUCUCUGUCACUGUGAUUCCAGAGAUGGCCUUGGAGGUGCCGUCUUCUUUGAUCCAGGAGGAGAGCAGCGUUCUUUGACAUCUCCAGUUCAGGGAGCUGAUGCAGCGAGGUCCCUCUCAGUAUCUGAAAAUAUAAUGUGUAACACUUCUUACAGUGCUAACAAGAAACUUAGUGAGCUUGCUUGGCAAGCCUCCCAUAGCCUUUGUGAAAAAAAUGCACUCUCACCAAAUGGCAGAAAUUUCAGUUGGAAAGGGAAGGAAAAUGUCAGUAGUCUAAUGACCAAAAAGCUAGUGAAUGUAUUUCAAGCAAAUUUAGGGUCAGGAGGAGAAGAACGGUACUUACGGGCUAACGAACCUCAAGUGUUGCCUGGAAUCUUUUCACUUGCGUCCAUAGCCUGGCCACACUGGACAGCCUAGGACAAUGGAUCUCAUCCGGUGUCUGUGGGCACCAGCCAUCUCUUUACUGGGAAAAGGAAUCUAAAUUGGGCUGAGAGAGAGAUGAAAAAUGUCUAAUUCUCGCCUCUCUUCUUUUGGGCAGCUCUGCACUUCACAUUCAGAGUCUUUCAAAGAAUAUGGUAGACUGGAGUCUCCUUCCAUUGGGGAAUUUACAGAUAUCACCUAUAACUCCAAGGUCCCCCAAAGGACUUACAUGAAGUACUGUCUAGCCCAGGAGUUCAUUUGUUAAAUAAACACGAAUGCUUUCAUAAUUAUCCCCUUGUCUUCUGCUUUGCCUUCUAGCAGACGCUUAGUUACUUCUGUAGCGACCUCAUAACUUGUCAGGAAUGAGCAUGAGUUAAACAGCUUCAAACGGUCUGUGACUUUUCAUGACUUAGCACUGGAUUCAAUUCACUUAGACUGUUAGAAGCACUCGCAAUUGACUUUGUUCCUUUAGGAGUUUGGAUGGCCCAGAGCUUGACCCUCGUGCAAUCUAGAGCUUCUCAGUCACUGAAUAUAGUAAUCAGUGAAGCAUCAUUACAACAAAUCUGUUUUGAGCCUUUGGGCCACACUGGUUUGAUACCAAAUUUUACUCUACAAUUAGUUUUUCUAAUGAGACUGCCAUAUAUGAAUUGGAGGGCUUAUAAAAUAUAGAACAUGUCUAUCCUUUCCUAACGAAGAAAAGUUUCUUCUUCUUUGCCCAUGCCUUCUCUCUUUCUCUCCCUUUCUCUCUUCUUUCUUUCCUUCCUCUCCUUGAAAAAUAGAGUCUGUGGGAAAUAGGCAGAUAUUGCUUUCUUAAGUAUAAGCUUGUAUUUCGGCAUCAUUUUCUUUAUAUCUAUUUACUUAAUGUGUGAUUUUAUAUACAUUAAUCAUAAAAAACUCUUUUUAAUGAAAAAAAAAGAACCAGCAAAAAUGCUUUAUUUUUCAAUAAAACAGACCCUUUUUUCCAAUAUUUUGCUUUUAGAGAAUUAUGCUGGUAUUAUCAGAACAAUUACAUAAAAUAACUUCCCAUAGACAAUAGGAUAUAAGCUAUAAUAACUCCUUAGGUACCCGGUAGCUUCUGACCCUAAUUAAAACUAUAUAAUUGAAAUUGUAUUGCAUAGUAAAUCCAAAGCACAAAAAUAUUUAUGAAGACUUAGCGGCUCUCCUAGCAUAUGAACUAUGAAGCAUUACAAUACAUAAUUAUGUUUUAGUGAUCGUUUUAUUUAUUCCAAUUCAUUCCCUCUGUUAACAUUUACUCAGUGCUCACCUAGGAUUAGCCACUUUGAGAGAUUGCAUAGAAAUCAAGCUGUCCUCCCUGGGUCCAGGCUGGUUACAAUCCAAUGUGGCUCUUCCUUUAGACUAGAGGGAUUCUCCACUGGACCAAGAACAAGCCAGGCAUGUCUGUGAACCACAACUUAAAAAUCUCUCCAGAGCGCUGACAGUGGAGUCUACUCCUUUUCAUCUAGAAGAACCCCACAUUAUGGAUCAUUGUGAUCACAGAUCGGAUCAUUGUGAUCACAGAUCUAAGGCAAAAUAUUUCAGAUCAAUAAUUUAGUGGAAUUGCUCUUCACAAAUCUACACAAAGGGUUCAUUGCAGGGAUAUGGGUAGCCCUGCAUAUUCUGUUCCUCUUAAUGGAGGACCGGCCCACUUCAUUCCAAGAAUGGGAUAUAGCACAUAAAUUCUUAUUCCCAUCCAUUAACAUCCCCAAACCUCCUGACAUGCACCCUCCCACGACACCCACAGUGUUCGAACGGUAUGAGUAAAGGUCAACUAGAAUUCCUCUGCCGCGCUACUGCAUAGCAUUUGUGAUAUGAAGGACCUCCUCUAGUCUCAAUAUGAAGGGAUUUAGUUCUGUAAGCGGCAAACAACUUCUUGAUCAAGUCAUCAUACCUCUUAAGUCUUUUCCAGGGUACCAACUCCAAGGUCAACUUUAAAAAAUAGAAACGGACCUGUGCAAAAAUCGCGGAGUCUCCCCUCGUACAAAUUGGUGCUAAGGCUUAAAUAGUCCUAGACUGAGAAACGAUAAAGUAGCAAUAACAGUAAAAAUGUAAUGACAUUUAGAUUUUUAAAGUUGGAAAUUUUGAUUUCUGCUACCAUUUUGAAAAUAUCUACUUAGUUUUGACUUGGAAACCAAGUUAGUCCUUUAAAAGAAAAAGAAAAAACUCUUUAAAGAUGCAAGUGUUUUACAAAUUUGAAAUUUACUUCAUUGUGUUCAUUUGAAAAGAAGGAAGCUAUGAUUCUUUGAAACUCUUUCUUCUAGCCAGGAGAGCAAUAACAAAAGGAAGAAGACAUGCGUCUUUACUAACUGUAGGGCAAAUGAUGAAUAGGGCUCAAGUGUUCAAUCAGUUCGAUGGCCAUGGCUUAGAAAUGUGUAAUUUGCAGAGAACUAGGAAUACUAUUAUCUGGCACACACACACAGGCACGUGUGCAUAUAAAAGGGAUUUGGUGUGCAUACAAGCCCUCCAAAACAACCAAAGACCUCGUUUCUAGAAAAAGAUGACCCUAAAUAGAGUUUUAACUGAAAUGGUACAUACGGAGAUUUUCAAGAAGGCCAACAGAGUGGUCAUUUGUGUAAACACACUAUCGUGGGAUUUUCUUUGACAUUAGUUCUAAGGUUACUAUGUUUCCUUAAGAUUUUUUUAGAAUUCAUUCCAGUGUUGCCUGGUGAUGACAUAAAAGUUUUCAGAAAAUACUAUCCAUAGGUUCAAAGUUUCCCUGUCUAUUUCUCUUUGUUGCCGUAUCCUUUGAUGUUAAGAACGAAAGACUGAAAUGUUGGUAGUUAUUUUGCUUUUAAUAAGAGAUUCUAAAAUAGAAGUGCUUGAUAUUUUUCUAAAGUUUACACCAGAAAAAUUAUACAGAAACUUUUUAGAUAAAAGAAAGCUGGUUCUCUCUUGAACUGAAGUUGAUACAACAAGCUAUACUAAAUGUGAGCCUCUCUCGAAUUUAAUUUUAUUGGGAAAACAAAUCAGAAUAUUGAAUUGGCAGACUUGUAAACAGUUUUGCUCUCUUCCCUAUCUUUCAAGUACAUCAGUUACCUUUUCCUAAUAUCUGUUUGUGUGUACGUUUUUGUUUUUCAGUAUUGUGUUUUACUUAAGAGCAACAACAUCCAGAAGAAAAAACCAAAACCAAAACCCUGCUGUAGCAACGACAUCUCCUCCUACUUUCCUUCCUUCCUCCCUCCCUUCCUUUCUUCCUUCCUUGGUUCCUUUUCCAUACAGACCAGCUUUUUUUCUUCCUCUGGGAUUUGUUUAUCAUCCUUCCAGUAAUGCUUCCCUUUUAGUUUGGAAACCAUUGCCAUUUUCACUAGGUAAUUAGCAUUUUCAUUCAUCUGAAAGCUAGUAAGUGAGCCCAGCAUUUGUGCAAUGUCCCUCUUUAUAAAAUGUUAAGGCUUUUGGAUGAUGGAAAGAACUCCCUUCAAAAGAUCAAAAACAUCAUAUUGAAUAAUGUGAUGACAAUCUGUGCUUUGUUUUUCUCUCAGUGAAGGUUCAACACUGACAUUUAAGCUACACACACACAAAAAUCCCUUAAAGGGUUUAAUUGAGCAAAAAUAAAAGGCCAGAGAUCACAUAUAUGAAGUUGUUUUGCAUGAUUGAAUACUUUGCAAUGAAAUAAAUGGCAAAAAAAAGCCCAAAAACUGGUAAAAUGUUAACAGCAUUGAAGGGUUUUAAAUUGUAAUCAUUAAAUGCACAAUGUUCCUUUCACUAUUA